AUGGAUCAUAAACAUACUCACUUCCACACCACUCCCCUUGCCUUCGCACUCACCGUCUCUUGCUUCCUCUGCAUCGCUUUGCCAUACUCCCACUCUCAACCAUCGCCGUCGCCACCGGUUUGUGCAGAGCAGUUAUACCGGUGCAACAUAAGAGUCUCCGCCAUCUUCGAUCCUCCCCGGGAAAAGAUUCCAUCCUCUCAAUGUAACGGCGCCGACUCAUCAUCCCUGCUCAGCUGCCAUGCUUCUUAUGGUAAUGUUCCAAUUGAAUCUCAAAAUUUCACAGUGAAGGAUAUCGACAACACCACUCACACCAUGAAAGUGAUGCUAAGAGCCCCUGUCAACCAUGUCUGUUCUCCUCACUUUUUUGACGGCUACCUGAACCUCGAUUACGAGAACUUCAACAACACUCUGUUCCUGCAUAACGCGCCAGUGCAUAAAGUCAUCAUAUACGAAGAUUGUCCUAGAAUCCCAGAUUUCCCUUCAAAACGCAACUUUACGUGCGGGGAUGUUCUGUAUUAUUUUGAAGAGGGGAACACUGAAAAGGAGAUGCUCGACACAUACCCACCGCUUAAGGGUUGCAAGGGGGGAAUUUUUGACGUGCCUGCUGCCGGUCCUCUGGAUCGUUACAAUGAUACUGAUGACGGUGCUGGAGUUCUGGAAGAAGCUCUCAAUGAUGCGUUUGAGGUCAACUAUAGUAUUAUUCCUCAUGGUUGCACAAGAUGCAGAGAAAGUGACGAAAAUUGCUCGCCAUAUCGGCAUGAUCAUGAUGAAUAUCUAGUUUCAUGCAAGUACUAUUGCCCAAAUGAACAGUGUUCUCCAGAAAAAA